AUGUCUGAUUCGGCUGGGGACACGAAAGCAGAAACAGCGAAGGACAAGGAGAAUGCGGCUGAGAAUGUGGUGCCGCCUCCACAGACGGUUGAUGAGCCUGAGAAGUCUGAAACGAAAGACAUCAACGCCGCUCCUGUUGAAGACGCGGGGGAUGAGACAGAUGACGAAGCAGAGCCUGUGUUGACCAUACAAGAUAUUUUGGACAAUGAAGCCUCAUCAAGGGAGACAGCUCGCGUUUUGCUAGGUGCUCAAGACUCUUCUGUAUGCACAUAUCCGGAGGGUUACAAACCCCGCCAAGCCGUCUUUGCUUGUCUCACAUGCGCUCCUGAACCCGAGAAGAAUGAAGCUGGCGUGUGCUACGGAUGUUCAGUGCAUUGUCAUGAUGGCCACAACAUUGUCGAACUUUUCACUAAGAGGCGGUUCAGGUGCGAUUGCGGCAACAGCAAGUUCAAAACAAAAUGCACUUUGUAUGAGGUCGGCUAUAAAUCUUUUUUUUUGAAUUGUGGGCUUUUACAGGACAAAGAAUCUCUCAACUCACAGAAUAUGUACAACGAUAAUUUUGCUGGAUUAUUCUGUGUAUGCAAAAAACCUUACCCCUGCGAAUUAGACGAGACUAUGCAUCAAUGCGUCGCUUGCGAAGACUGGUUCCAUAUAUCA